AUGGUCUCUAUCGAUCUGAGCAAUAUCAUCCAUUACCAACCUCCCCCAAUUUCAAAACCCCCUUUCAAACCACCACUCCUGAGAACCCCUUCUCGUGACUCUUCCCAUCCUUCCUUCAAUCAGCCCUUCCUGAUCCAUCCUCUACCUCUGCGGCCCCCGAGCCCAUCUCAUAAGUCGCUGCAAACACCUCAUACUCGUCGACAGAGUCCCUCCCUUGUUGUGUCAUGUUUGCCGGACGAAGGCGACACUCAUCUGAAUGAGUUUGAUAAAGAAUUAGCCAACUUCAAUUUGGCCGAAAUUGAGAGCCUGGGGCCUCCGGGAUUAUGCUCUGGAGGCAGCCAAGGCCGACAAGCAGAUAACGUGGACAAUGUCCAAAGAGAGGAACUGCAUGAUGUGCAUGGUAUCUCUCGGCUCUCCAUCGGGUGUCAUUCAUUUGAAGCUAAAGCCAAGAGAUAUUGCCAACUUCUUGUUUUGAAAGUAGGUUCCCACCCCAACGACCAUCAAAGGGACAAUUUACGGGGCUCUCAGGACGUUGCUACGCCGCAGGAUACUGUCGCCUCAAGCUCUGUUGGUUCGGGCCUCUCGUCAGCACCCAGUCCACCUGCUUCUCCAUGCAGAGAAACCCAGCUUUCGCUUGCUGGUUGUGAACCGGAGGUGAACUGUGUUACGGCCAGCGGAUCACGUCAUGCACUGACCAGCCAACGCAACUGCAAUGUUUCAAGAGAUCACAGGCCACUGCAUAGUCCUAGCUCAUCUGUUCCAGCUAGAGACGAAACAGAGCCUGCGAGUCAGCAGCUCCUUAGAUGCAGCUCUGAGGGCGGUGCAGAGCCCAGAAAAUCUAGCCUUAUACCUGUCAUAAAAGCAAAUUCCAUCCAGUCGCAGGUGAGAGACCUUUCACCGACUCGCAACAGCCAUCCAGGAGUGCGCAACGUCCGCGUGGAGGCUCAAUUAACUGAUUGUCGUUGUGGCAACGAAACUUUCUCGAGCCCUGUCUCACCUGUUCUCCGACAACAAGAGCAGACAGGUCCCAGAUCAGAGGGAGAGAAUACACCAAGGGAUUUAUCCAGGUCGUGCUCCGUAUCGGUUGUUGUGCCUGUAACCCGGUCCCAUGGAUUACCGAUAGCAAGGCCGACAAGAACCAGCCGUGCACACUGCACAAGAAAAAGGAAAAGUCGAGCUAAAUCCACUUAUGACGUUGACAGCGACGAUCCUGACGACGGUGACUAUACGGAUGGGAACGAUUCUGGUGCUGGUGACAUUGCCGCGUCACCACAUCCAGUGAAGAGGCGGAGGCGAACUGUUGCAACGAAAACCCAACCCACACGAGUUCAACGGGAAAGCCCGCACUAUGUGUUCUCCUCACUGGCUCCGGAAGAGGCAUUUGCAAACCAAUAUUCUGCAACAAGCUUGCAGGACAUGCAAACAAUUCCCGUCCGAGGCUUUCUCACGCGGCAAACGUUUCUAUCAAGGGUUGUCUACUCGCGUACCUUCGAGGAAGAUAGGCAACCCUCUUGUCCAUAUAGGCCAACGCCAACCAACUCUCGCUUGAACCACGAAAAUCUAGACAAGACGGGACAACCUAAACGACCCAGCCACAAAAAGCCAUCAGCGCAUGCGACUCGGUUCCAGCCCGACGAGGACGAACUACUGAUUGAGUUAAAGGAAAAGCGAAGUCUCCCCUGGCCCCGGAUCGGAGGACGAAUGGUUCUCUCCAAGUUCGCUAUAGCACAAAGCUCAAGGAACGAGGAACUGGACGUCUCGGGCGAGGUCGGAGUGGACAGAUUCCAUGUUCUGCGGCGGCGAGUGCGGCUCCACAAGAGACAUGUGGCAUACUACCUAGGUCACAAACGGCGAGGAGGCAAGGGGCCGAUUCAGUCUCACCAGCAAGACAGCGACACGGCCACCCUCGAUUCAGGAGAGCAAUUGACCGCUACUCCCCGGGAUGAUUCCGAUGAAAUGCACAAGGAGCCUGGGGUAUGUUUUAGAAUGACUGGUCACAACUCAGUUCAACAAGCCUUUGCCCCUUGA